GUGUGCCCAGUGUGUGUGUGACGAGUGAAAAAAAUAUUUACAGUGAGUGGUGUGAGUGUGUACUUGGUGAGUGAUUAAGAGGGAUAGCUCCUGCAGGUCGGGCCCAUCAGGCAGGACAACCACAGAAAACAAAGAAAGAAAAAAAUAAAAACAACGUCACCAAUACCGCCGCCAGAUGGCAGCCGUGCGAUGCUGCGGACGCUCAGUUGCCGUAAAAGUCCCAUCGAGGAAGAAAAGGCGGAAGUAAGAGACGGGCAAGAGCUAAAAUUGAGAGAAUAAAAACAUCCAAAUGUUUUUUUAAUGGUUUCUACGGGAGCAGCUAAUUGCGUAUUUUGGCUGUUUGGAAGAACGAUGGCGUCGUUCGAGGAGGGACGAGCAAGUGAGGAGAACGAGCGACAACGAAAACAACUGCAAGCUCUCGGAAACAAUCGCAUUGUGUACAGUCAAGACGUCCAGCAGCUGAUUGGUCGUCAAAGAGAACUUCCCCUUCAGCUGCAGGGUGGAGGCUCCAGUGUGGAGCAAGAUGAUCCACAGCUCCAUCACAUUAAAGAGGAGGAGGAGGAUCCACAGUCCCCCCACAUUAAAGAGGAAGAGGACCCAGUCAGCAAGUUGUCACUAAAUGUCAUCGUUGUGAAGAGUGAAGAUGAAGCACUCGAGUGGUCUCAGCUUCAUAACCAGAGUCCCAGUGAAGACCACCGCGAAGGACCACCACCAGACAACCUCUUAGUUCCACCCCCACACAGGGAAGACAUACAAGAACCUUUGAGAAGCGACACAGACUGUGUAGGUGAUGACAUAUUGUCAAAAUCCUCCCAAAAGGAUACAACUCUUGGGAACAAGAAAACGCCACAAACAUUCGGGAGACGUCAAGAACAUUUCAGCUGCUCAGUUUGUGUUAAAAGCUUCACUCUAAAGUCAAACCUGGUAAUACACAUGAGAACACACACUGGAGAAAAACCCUUUAGCUGCUCAUUUUGCAGCACAGCAUUCUCUAGAAAAGAAAGUAUGGAAACACACAUGAGAACACACACAGGAGAAAAACCUUUCAGUUGCUCAUUGUGUGGCAAAACAUUCUCUCAAAGGGCAACUUUUGUGGCACACAUGAGGACACACACAGGAGAAAAACCAUUUACUUGUUCAUUUUGCGGUAAAAGAUUCCCUCUAAAGUCGAGUAUGGUUUCACACAUGAGAACACACACAGGAGAAAAACCUUUUGGUUGCUCAUUGUGCGCUAAAACAUUCUCUCAAAGGGCACAUCUGGAAUCACACAUGAAAACACACACUGGAGAGAAACCCUUUCGUUGCUCAGUUUGCAGUAAAACAUUCUCUCGAAAAGACAAUGUGGAAUCGCACAUGAGAACACACACAGGAGAAAAACCUUUUAUUUGCUCUUUUUGUGCCAGAACAUUCACUCUGAAGGCAACUAUGGUAAAACACAUGAGAACUCACACGGGUGCAAGACCUUUUAUUUGUUCAGUUUGUAGUGGAAGCUAUGCUUGUAGGUCUACUUUAACUGCACACAUGCGGACACACAACAGUGUGACAAAUGUUUGAAAGUAAGCUCCCAUAACAGCCCGACAUCCGAAGCAGACCGCAUAUUGUUUUGAAAAGUGUUUCGUUUUGAAAGCUGUCUGGACGGAAGACUGCCUGAUAGUUUGUCUGGACUCAGUGACAUUAUUGGUACUGGAGCUGAAUUGGUAUAAAUCACGAACUAUCAAAAUCUCUUCAGUAUAAACGUUAGUGAUCGUUAUUCAGAAAACUCACAUGUCUCAGCUACAUUUUAGGAUCAGGUUAUUAUUGAAACAGAUUAAAUACUUCAAAUGAAUAUUCUAAUAAUUUUCAUCACAGUAACAGUUUUACUCAUUUUUACCUGUAAAUGCUCAUGAAAUCGCUAGAAAAAUACAUAUGUUGCUUUUUGGUGCUUAGCCACAUCCUAAACAUCAGAUGACAAAUUACGCAAGUUGUUUUUAAUCUUCACCAUGGUAAAAUAAUUUGAACCCUGCCCCUAAACCUUUAGCCUUACUGCCUUUCCACCUGCACUCCUGGACACACAAUAUAUCAACCUUUCUCCUAAUCAUCAUGUCAACCAACUCCCGAAAUUUUCCUGUCAUAGUCCCAGCAUUCAAAGUCCCCACAUUCAAUUCUAGGCUCUGUGCUCUUCUCUUUCUGCCUAAGAACCCGCUUUCCACCUCUCCUUCGUCCUUGACCCACAGUAGCUGAAUUUCCACUGCCGCUCUGCAGGUUAACGGCGAUUGUGACAGGCGUUGUUAACCUGGGCCACGGCCGAUCCGGUAUGGAAUUCUUUGGAUGAACGCUCAUACAGUAUUUGUUUGGGAAAGUUAUAAAGGUCAGAGGACAAAGAUGUUAAAAUGUUUCUUGAUAACUCUAGAACCCCUUUACAAACCACAUCUGCCAUUUCGAAGUGAUUAAAAAGCAGAUAUACAGGAGUUAAAUCGAUAAAUAUGAUUCAGAAUGCGCCUUCCGGUCUUCGGCUCGAUCCGGCGCUGUGACAUAACACGAGCCAAACAGCCUGUUCAUUGGCAUUGUGUGCUAUUGUUCCAUGCUGUUGUUCCCGUCCUUGUAUAUUUGUUGUCGUGUGAGGCUAAGCGGAACGGAAGGUGAAUGAAUGAUUUAUCGAUUUUCACGAUGGCUUAUUGUGUGGCAUUUGCUCGUACAAAUGGUUCAGGCAGUGGCAAGGGUUUCUUUGGCUUUCCAAGUGAAAAAGGUAUACGUGAAAAGUGGACAGGGAAAGUCAAUCGACAGGGGAAGAAAUGUUGUCAGCUAGGGGUGCCUAGCAAGCAUUCCAAACUCUAUGCUGAUCACUUCGAACCGGCGUGUUUUGAGAAUGACAGAAAGCAUUGGAUACACAGGUGUAGUUAGCCAGAGGCUGAAACCAGCUGCAGUGCCAACUAUUUUUCCCACGACCAUCGGGACCUCAACCGCCAGCAAGAGAACUAAAUCUUGCAGCCGCCAUGGUCAAGAAGAAAUUAAAAUUAAAACCCACUGAGACCACGGUCUCUUUUUCAAGAGUAUUCUCGCCAAGAAACACGAAGAAUACUGACCAAAUGUACAUAAUGCACGUACAAUAAAAUACCACAACAAAUAAAUAUAAGCGGUACAGAGAUGGAUGGUUGGAUGGUUGGAUGGACCAACGCAUUAUGAAUCCCACACGAACGGCCGACUGCUCAUACUGCGUCUGUUCAUGACUCUAUGUUUCUAUCGACAAGUGAGGAUGCUGGAGCAAGUAAAUUAUGCAUUCAUGAGAUUCACAAACAUAGCAGUCUGUAUUUCCAAUCCGCUCUAUUGUGUCGUCUCUUCUGCAGGCAGUGCCAUCACAUCGACCCAGUGGCCACUCUCUUUUUCUGUUGUACAGCUGCUACUUGGCUGCUCGUCGUCGUCACUGUCAGGUUCAGACCUCCUGAUUGGCUCAAACAUGUAGGGUUUGACGAUCCCAAUUUCAGUUGGGUGCUCCUGUACGUCGAAAUCCUCGUCCUCCUCAUAUUCCAACACGUUGCUCGCCACUGCGUAAAGUGCAGCGCGCUGUGUUUGGCAAUUGCAACGGUAGAGUAACUCCACCCCGGCGUCUCGAUUUUAGGGUAUGUUCGAGGAGUGCUCAAUACUCAUAAUUAAAACCUCAUUUUUAGCUAAACUAUAGUUGACAACUUGUUGGAAGUGACAUGCAUGUAUUGCAUAACAUAAAAACAAUGCAGGCACGGUGGACGACUAGUUAGCACAUCAGCCACACAGUUCUGAGGACUAGGGUUCAAAUCCCGGCCUCACCUGUGUGAAGUUUGCAUAUUCUCCCCGUGCCUGCGUGGGUUUUCUUCGGGCACUCCAGUUUCCUCCCACAUCCCAAAAACAUGCGUGGUAGGUUGAUUGAAGAAUCUAAAUUGCCCGUAGGUGUGAAUGUGAGUGCAAAUGGUUGUUUGUUUAUAUGUACCCUGCGAUUGGCUGGCGACCAGUUCAGGAUGUGCCCCGCCUCUCGUUCGGAGAUGGCUGGGAUAGGCUUCAGCACGUCCGCGACCUUAGUGAGGAUAAGCGGAAUGGAAGAUGAAUGAAUGAAUGAAGGAAUAUUCAUCUUUGUGAAUGAAACAUCAUUCACGUCAACUAAAGAGCAGAACCGCUCCAUCCAAUACGAACAUUGCACGAGUUACUGUCUAUGCACCUGUUUAGCGACCUGUUCAAACUUCGGUACUUGUUUGGUGACAUAUUUGUACUGAGGUUUUUUUUUGUAAUAGCAUUACUUGUUUACCUUCGUUCUUACCUUUGCCUCUUCGUGUCCCUUGCAAGUCGCGCUGGUGGCCCGCUUCAUUGUGAGCCUCUUCUUCUCGGAGGCUUUGGAGAAGAUCCCUGCCGGCAUGCCAAGUCAGGUGUCAAUACUUGCGGAAUUGUUGGGAUUCAUUUUGUGCCGGCCUACCACCCAACUAGAUAAUUAGUUUGGGGGAAUACUUUAGAAUUAUGAAUGGCAUGAACUCCAGUUUGAAUAAACUAUUACUACAUCAGUAUAAUAAUCAUGUAUAAAGUAAACAUUUGUAAACAUAUACGUAUAUAUUAAAUAUUUGCAUAAAUAUCUGAAUAGAAACAAAAUAAUUGAUUGCUUGUUAGCAAAUAAAAUUACAUGAAACUACACUGUUGAAAGUAGGCAAUGGAUUAACAACAAAUCUGUGAUGUCAGUUUAUUGGUAGAUACUGUAGGCUGUAACUUACAAAAUAGGAGUCAAACAAUGUGCUUUAGAAAAUGAUACAACAAAACUUAAAAUCCUAAAGAUAAUCAAAGACCAGCAUCAGAUCAGUUAUUUUUGGAGCCAAUAAUUAACACCAUAUGAAAAUAAAUAAAUCAAUGCCAGCUUCACAUUUAAGAAAGACUACUGGGUGCAGUGAAUUUCCACAUCAACAUAAGUUUACCCUCUUAAGUGAUUCUCACUGUCUGUGACAAUCUGAUUAAAAUAAAUACAAACACGAA